AUGGAACCAAAAAAUAUAUCUACUGUCACUGAGUUCCAGCUCUUAGGAUUUCAGAAUCUUCUUGAGUGGCAAUUCCUCCUUUUUGCCAUUUUCUUACUUGUCUAUUUCCUCACCAUCAUGGGGAAUAUGGCCAUCAUCACAGUGGUGUGCCAGGAUCCACGACUGCGCUCACCUAUGUUCACAUUCCUCACACACCUGUCCUUUUUGGAAAUCUGGUACACUUCCACCAUUGUGCCCUUCCUGCUGGCCAACCUAAGAUCCUGGGGUCACGCCAUCUCCUUCUCUGCUUGUAUGACUCAACUAUACUUCUUUGUGUUUUUUGGUGCUACUGAGUGUUUUCUCCUAGCUUCCAUGGGAUAUGACCGGUAUCUGGCCAUCUGCCACCCACUCCACUACUCCUUUCUUAUGAGUCCUGACACCUGCACCACAUUGCUGACAGUUUCCUGGCUGACCGGUGUGGGAACAGGCUUUCUGCCUUCUCUGAUGAUCUCCAAGUUGGACUUCUGUGGGCCCAACCAGAUCAAUCAUUUCUUCUGUGACCUUCCGCCACUAAUACAACUCUCCUGUUCCAGUGUUUAUGUCACUGAGAUGUCCAUUUUCAUCUUGUCUAUUGCAGUGUUAUGCAUUUGUUUUAUUCUGACACUCAUAUCUUACAUUUUCAUUGUGUCUUCCAUACUGAGAAUCCCAUCAGCUUCUGGCCGAAUGAAGACCUUUUGUACAUGUGGCUCACAUCUGGCGGUUGUCACAAUCUACUAUGGGACUAUGAUCUCCAUGUAUGUGCAUCCCAAUGCACACCUGUCCCCUGAAAUCAACAAGAUCAUUUCUGUAUUCUACACGGUGGUCACUCCAUUGCUGAAUCCAGUGAUCUACAGCUUGAGAAACAAAGACUUCAAGGAAGCUGUUAGGAAAGUCAUGAGAAGGAAGUGUGGCAUCUAUGGAGCUAGAGUGAAAGGAAGUUUCUAUUAG